CAUAGAUAUAUUUUCCGAUUUCAUAAUGUACAAUCCGAUAUUACGAAGUAUUCAAAAAUAUCUGGACAGCGGUGUAAAAAGCAUUUAUUUGUAUAUGUUUUCGUACACUGGUGGGAGGAGUUUUUCGGAAUAUAAAGAGAAUAGAUCACAUACACAUGGCGCUAACCACGCAGAUGACCUUGCAUAUUUAUUUGACGUUUCUUUUAUGAAAACACUUUUGCGUGAUGAAGACAUGUUAAUUGUAGAUAGAAUGACUGAACUUUGGACCAAUUUUGCUAAAUACGGAAAUCCAACACCAAAACCAUCCAAGUUGGUUCCUCUGCAAUGGCCGCGCGUAUCGCAGGGCAAGCUGCCAUAUUUGGAGAUAAACACUGAACUGCGCCUAGGGUCCAGGCCGAUGCACGAGCGGAUGAGCUUCAUAGACCUUCUGUACAAACAUAUAGGACGUUUUCAUAAAGAGCAUUUAUGGACUGAGGAAUAAAAUAGACAAUAAUUUAUAAUAAAUAAAUAUUUGAGAUAAAAACUGCUUACUAGUAAA